AUGAAUUUAUUGCUUAAAUCUAUUUGUUUCGCCCUGCUUUUUGCUCUGGUUUUCGACUUUGCAUCUGCAGGAUUUCUUGAUUACAGGCUUGCAGUUGGUUCGGGAGGGUACUCGGGUACAACUCGAAGGCCACUCUAUAUAGGAAGAUGCUAA